CGCGCGCGGCCGGGGCCCGAUCCGCGGUGGCAGCUCCGCGGCGUGGAUGCUGUUCCGUCCCGCCGCCGCCCCAGGAGCGCGGAGCCGGGAGCGGCCGGGCGGGGGGCACCGCGAGGAGCCGCCCCCGCCGCCCACCCCGGGCCCGCGGCCGAGGGCGGCCUGGGGGGGUCGCGGCCGCACCCGGUGGCCGCGCGCGGCGGACAAAGGACCAUGCGGGGCCGCGGGCGCUGAGCGCGGCGGGGCGGGCCGGGGAUGCGGCGCGGGGCGGGCGGGGGCCGGGGGCUGCAGCGGCGCCGCUGAGCGCGGCCUGGGGCGGGCGCGGCGGCCGCGAUGCCGCGGCUCCCGGUGAAGAAGAUCCGUAAGCAGAUGAAGCUGCUGCUGCUGCUGCUGCUGCUGAGCUGCGCCGCGUGGCUCACCUACGUGCACCUGGGCCUGGUGCGCCAGGGACGCGCGCUGCGCCAGCGCCUGGGCUACGGGCGAGAUGGUGAGAAGCUGACCAGUGUGACCGAUGGCCGGGGGGUCCACGCUGCACCAUCCACACAGAGGGCUGAGGACUCCAGUGAGAGCCAUGAAGAGGAGCAGGCGCCUGAAGGUCGGGACCUAGAUAUGCUGUUUCCUGGGGGGGCUGGGAAGCUGCCACUGAACUUCACCCAUCAGACACCCCCAUGGCGGGAGGAGUACAAGGGGCAGGUGAACCUGCACGUGUUUGAGGACUGGUGUGGGGGCGCCGUGGGCCACCUGAGGAGGAACCUGCACUUCCCGCUGUUCCCUCAUACUCGCACCACCGUGAAGAAGUUGGCCGUGUCCCCCAAGUGGAAGAACUAUGGACUCCGUAUUUUUGGUUUCAUCCACCCAGCGAGGGACGGAGACGUCCAGUUUUCCGUGGCCUCAGACGACAACUCGGAGUUCUGGCUGAGUCUGGACGAGAGCCCCGCUGCUGCCCAGCUUGUGGCCUUUGUGGGCAAGACUGGCUCCGAGUGGACAGCGCCUGGAGAAUUCACCAAGUUCAGCUCCCAGGUGUCCAAGCCCAGGCGGCUCAUGGCCUCCCGGAGGUACUACUUUGAGUUGCUGCACAAGCAGGACGACCGCGGCUCGGACCACGUGGAAGUGGGCUGGCGAGCUUUCCUGCCCGGCCUGAAGUUCGAGGUCAUCAGCUCUGCUCACAUCUCCCUGUACACAGAUGAGUCAGCCUUGAAGAUGGACCACGUGGCGCACGUCCCCCAGUCUCCAGCCAGCCACGUAGGGGGUCGUCCGCCGCAGGAGGAGACCAGUGCAGACAUGCUGCGGCCAGAUCCCAGGGAUACCUUUUUCCUCACUCCGCGCAUGGAAUCUUCGAGCCUGGAGAACGUGCUGGAGCCCUGCGCCUACGCCCCCACCUACGUGGUCAAGGACUUCCCGAUAGCCAGAUACCAGGGACUGCAAUUUGUGUACCUGUCCUUCGUUUAUCCCAACGACUACACCCGCCUCACCCACAUGGAGACGGACAACAAGUGCUUCUACCGCGAGUCUCCGCUGUAUCUGGAGAGGUUUGGGUUCUAUAAAUACAUGAAGAUGGACAAGGAGGAGGGGGACGAGGAUGAAGAAGAGGAGGUGCAGCGCCGAGCCUUCCUCUUCCUCAACCCGGACGACUUCCUGGACGACGAGGACGAGGGGGAGCUGCUCGACAGCCUGGAGCCCACUGAGGAGGCCCCGCCCAGGAGCAGCCCCCAGUCCCCCGCCCCAGAGGCCCCUGCCGAGCCGGGAGCCACCCCAGCCCCGCCGACCCCUCCCCGCCCCCGGGAUGAGGGGACCCCCAGGCACUCCCGGGCCCUGAGCUGGGCCGCCAGGGCCGCCCGCCCCUUGCCGCUCUUCUUGGGCCGAGCUCCGCCCCCGCGCCCUGCAGCGGAGCAGCCGCCCCCAAAGGUGUACGUGACCAGGGUGCGGCCGGGACAGCGGGCAUCCCCCCGGGCCCCAGCGCCGCGUGCGCCCUGGCCGCCGUUCCCUGGCGUCUUCCUGCACCCCAGGCCUCUGCCCAGAGUGCAGCUGCGGGCGCCCCCACGCCCACCCCGGCCCCACGGCCGCAGGACCGGCGGCCCCCAGGCCACACAGCCUAGGUCCCCAGCCCGGGCGCAGGCCACCCAAGGGGGCCGGGAGGGCCAGGCUCGCACGCUGGGACCUGCGGCGCCCACAGUGGACUCAAACUUGUCCUCCGAAGCGCGGCCCGUGACCUCCUUCCUGAGCUUGUCCCAGGUGUCCGGGCCGCAGCUGCCCGGGGAGGGAGAAGAGGAGGAGGAAGGGGAGGACGAUGGGGCCCCCGGCGACGAGGCCGCGUCGGAGGAUAGCGAGGAGGCCGCGGGCCCGGCGCUUGGACGCUGGCGUGAGGAUGCCAUCGACUGGCAGCGCACGUUCAGCGUGGGCGCCGUGGACUUCGAGCUGCUGCGCUCAGACUGGAACGACCUGCGGUGCAACGUUUCGGGGAACCUGCAGCUGCCGGAGGCGGAGGCCGUGGACGUGACCGCUCAGUACAUGGAGCGGCUGAACGCGCGCCACGGCGGGCGCUUCGCGCUUCUGCGCAUCGUGAACGUGGAGAAGCGCCGGGACUCGGCGCGAGGGAGUCGCUUCCUGCUGGAGCUGGAGCUGCAGGAGCGCGGGGGCGGCCGCCUGCGACUGUCCGAGUACGUCUUCCUGCGGCUGCCGGGAGCCCGCGUGGGGGAUGCAGACGCAGAAAGUCCCGAGCCUGCUCCCGCCGCCUCCGUGCGCCCCGACGGCCGCCCCGAGCUCUGCCGGCCACUGCGCCUGGCCUGGCGCCAGGACGUGAUGGUUCACUUCAUCGUGCCAGUGAAAAACCAGGCACGGUGGGUGGCACAGUUCCUGGCGGACAUGGCCGCGCUGCACGCGCGCACCGGGGACUCGCGUUUCAGCGUCGUCCUGGUGGACUUCGAGAGCGAGGAUAUGGACGUGGAGCGGGCCCUGCGCGCCGCGCGCCUGCCCCGGUACCAGUACCUGAGACGAACUGGGAACUUCGAGCGCUCCGCCGGGCUGCAGGCGGGAGUGGACGCGGUAGAGGACGCCAGCAGCAUCGUGUUCCUCUGCGACCUGCACAUCCACUUCCCACCCAACAUCCUGGACGGCAUCCGCAAGCACUGCGUGGAGGGCAGGCUGGCCUUCGCGCCCGUGGUCAUGCGCCUGAGCUGCGGGAGCUCGCCCCGGGACCCCCACGGUUACUGGGAGGUGAACGGCUUUGGCCUUUUUGGGAUCUACAAGUCGGACUUUGACCGGGUCGGAGGAAUGAACACGGAGGAGUUCCGAGACCAGUGGGGGGGUGAAGACUGGGAGCUCCUGGACAGGGUCCUGCAGGCAGGGCUGGAGGUGGAGCGACUCCGACUGCGGAACUUCUAUCACCACUACCACUCCAAGAGGGGCAUGUGGAGCGUCCGCAGCAGGAAGGGCUCUCACACGGGGGCGUCUUGAGGACGGGCAGCCCCUCCCAGCCCCGGUGGGAGUCCCGAGGCAGCUGCUGGAGGCUGGGCUUUGAGCUUGGUCCCGAGAGACCCGGCAGGGCUGAUCAGAGGAGCACAGCCACCACCUGUGCCUGCCCCUCUCUGGCCCACUGGGCGCCUGCGUCAUGCCCCUCCCUGGAGAGGCAGCCUUCACGGCGGGUCAGGGCCUGGCCUUGGUCCCCACUCUGCGAUGAUUUCUGUGAAAUUUUGCUGUAGCGAUGACAUUGUUUUCAGAAUUUCCAAGAGUUCUGUCUGUUCUGUUUUUUAUUCAGAAUGAAAUGAAAUAUUUUUUUUAGUUCUGA